AGCGUGCUGACGUAAGUCACCGGAUUCUUUCCUACUACUAGCUUGUUGACUGGCCGAACGGGUUGUUCGCGUUAGCCGUACUUUUCUGCUGAAACAGAGAUGGAGUGUUGACGCUUGCUGCGUUUAAAACCAAAUCAAGUCAUUCAUAUAGGAAGAUACGCGUUAAUAUUUGCGUCGAGAACCCGAUAAAAUGAUUAUUACUAGAGAGAAAGCACUGAGCGGGUUUGACUAUGCGUUUCAUGCUGCUGUUCAGUCGGCAGGGGAAGCUGCGUCUCCAGAAGUGGUACACUGCCACGGCUGAGAGGGACAAGAAGAAGAUGGUCAGGGAACUGAUGCAGGUGGUCCUGGCCCGCAAACCCAAAAUGAGCAGCUUCCUGGAGUGGAGGGACCUCAAGAUCGUCUACAAGAGGUAUGCCAGUCUGUAUUUCUGCUGUGCGGUGGAAGAGCAGGACAACGAGCUCAUUACUCUGGAGGUCAUCCACCGCUUCGUAGAGCUGCUGGAUAAGUACUUCGGCAGUGUUUGUGAGCUGGACAUCAUCUUUAACUUUGAGAAGGCCUACUUUAUACUGGAUGAGUUUCUGAUCGGGGGAGAGAUCCAGGACACGUCCAAGAAGAGUGUACUCAAGGCCAUCGAACAGGCCGACCUACUGCAGGAGGAGGAUGAAUCUCCCAGGAGUGUUCUAGAGGAGAUGGGUCUGGCAUAGUGACAGCAGGGUACUCUGCUCACAACACUUUAUCAGGCUACAGACAAAGACUCUUUGGGUUCCAGGUGCAGGGGGGAGGAAAGGGGGUUUGUGAUGUGGGUGUGUAUGGGGAGGGGGUAAAUGGAGGGGUUUGGGUUAAGCGGGGGGGUCCGAUGAGAUUCACACCUUUGACGUUCUGGUACUACUGAAUUCAAAGCAUUGCUGACAUUAAUUGUAUAUUAUCAUGAUGGUUUAAGGUUGCAAAGUGAACUUUCCCAAAAUUCUCAAGUUUUCCAGAAAUCCUGUAUGGUGGAUUCUGGAUUUGUUGUUAAAUCCUGUCUGAUUCCUGGGGUUAUACAACUAUUUUAGGAUAACCUGGGAAUUUUUGGGAAGUUACCGGAAUAUUGCAACCGUAAUGUAUAUUAGCUCUGUGAAAAUCAUUCCACUUUUGGCUGGAAGAUUUAUCUAUUACUACUGUAAUGUAACCCAGAUUUGGGUUCAAAUAGUAUCUGAAAAUCCUUCAAGUACUUCCAGCGUUUGCUUUGGCCUGCCUGGAGACCAUUCUAUUGGUUCCAUUGUGCCAGGAAGUUUAAUCAAGCUCGACUUUAAGUAUUUGAAAUGGUUUUAGAACCCAGGUCUGAUUUGACCUUUGACAUUUCCCUCAAAAGAGGCAGGUCAGAACACAUCUCAAGCCUUUUUAUAGCUGGGGAUGCAAUUAAACAUCAAAACAUCACUGAACAGGUUACUUUUGAUCAGACUAGGGUUGCGUUGCCAAAUGGCAACCUAUUCCCUAUAUAUAGUGCAUAUGGGCUCUGGUCAAAAGUAGGGCACUACAUAGGGAAUAGGGUGCCAUUUGGGGGACAUGAAUUUGCUUUUAAAUAAAUGGCUGUUUUAAAAUGUUUUGUAUAUGGACCACAUGUUAUGAGAUUAUUAUUAAUAAUAGUAAUAUAAUACGUUUGCUGUUUUUAAGGGAACACAUUGAUUGUCUGCGUUGGUGAGCUUUGUUGAACCUAUAGUAGGAUCUUGUCAGGGAACAAAAAGAAGUAACCUUGACAUUCAUAUAAAGAGGAAGGGAAACCAUCUGAAAAUGAUUCUACCCAACAUUCCAGUUCCAUCCAGAGUUCCUUUAGAAUUCUAGUUCUGUGUUCUAUUCCGGAACUGUUUCAGACCAUCUCUCUGUCUUGCUCUCUUGUGUUGAGCAACUAACCUAUGGAGAAGUCUGUGCCGUUUUAGCCCUUGUGUGGAUGUGCUAACAUGAAUGUGUUUAAAGGGUGCAACGUGAUGGUAUAUGAUGAAGAUGAUGAUGAUUCAACUUAGUUAAAACGAACACAGGGCAAAAAAGUGUCGGUUUGUUUUUGAACUGCAAUGCAUAAAAAUGUGAACUACUUUAAGAUGCAUGUGACUUUUUUUUGAGAAAUACACCAAAAAAAAUGGACCUAGCUACCAUUCCUAUAUACGCACACACACACACACACUAAAUGCAGUACUAUAUCACAUGGCAGAUCAUUUCUCCCCAAUUUCCGCCUCUGGAAUACCUACUUUCCAAAGAGUCCUCAUCUGUUUGUCUGCAACAAGAGGGAAGAAACUGCAACUAGUAGAGUUUAGCUUCAGACUAUAAAUGUGUGUUCUUGUAACCAGACUUUAGCCCUUUGCUUUUAACAAGGUACGUUCCAACCUUCAUACCAACAUACUACUUGCUAGUGUGCAUUCCCAAAUACGUUGCUUCACUCCAAGUAGUAGCAAUACAUAGGCUGUGUUCCAAUAUCCACGCUGGCAUACCACUUAGAAUUCAUGCCCAAUAUAUUACUUACCUACUUACCCAAUCCUCUUUGUGUCUGGAGUAACGUAAGGCUUCUAGGAGAGAGCACCAGUGCCUCCGGUCUACAGCGUUCAUGGUGAGGAUGGAUUAGAUCAAGUCAUACUCAAUCUUCUUUUCAAUCCUCCAUCUCAUCUGCCCUAUAUAGUGUUCUGUUCAAAGUGGGAUGAAGUGAUCUGAGCAAUGGGACAGAGCUUCUUAGUGGUCUAGUGUGGAUUAUUGGAACUGCACCUGAAAUUGGAAGAUAUUUUGAGUAGUGUUGAUGUUUUUCAGGGACUCUGUGGUGUUUUAUUCCUUUUGUAAUCCAGCAUUAGGGGUAGGAGGUCUGAUAAAUAACUACUGAACUACGGUCCAGUCAUGGUGCCCUCUUCCCUGAAUGUGUUUAUUUAACUAGGCAAGUCAGUUAACAAAUUCUUAUUUGCAAUGAUGAUUUACAAUGGCUUUCAGACACGGAAUCAUGUGGCAAUGUAAUUUUAUAAUGACAAUAAAAUCACAUUUUAAAAGUA